GAACCAAUCUUAUUGGGUUUAAUUCAUAUUUAAAUGAUAUUUAGCAGACUUAAGGUCUUGUGUUCCAUAAAACCCUAGGAUAUUUCUGUACAAUUAUUUGAUGCAGUGGACUUAUGAUCCUCUCUAUCACAUUUGCAUGCUAAAUUAUGAAAAAAUGGUAAUGCUAUACAAAUAAGAAUGAAACCUUUGUGUAAACUGGUGCUAUAAAAAAGCUUUUAGGCCCCUACCUAACCCAUGGGCCUACAUUUAGCCAAUCCUCUAAUCUCUAUUAUGAGAAGUGUGAGAAAGAGUAACUGUCAUUUAUAUAACCUUUAUUGAAUUAUAUUAAAACUAUUUGUCAUAGGAGACUGCAGGUAUAGCAUAUGUUAUUCUAUUUCAAACAAAAUUUUUUACUGAAUUGUCUUCUCUUAACAUUACAUUUACAUUAGGUGACUGAUAUUAGCAUUAAUCCACGGUAAAAAGCAAUCCUAUUUUAUAUGUAUAAAUGUUUUUACAAUCUAGCAUCAUAUCAAUUGUUGUAUAAUAAGGAUAUUAUACAUUGCAGAAAAUAACUCAUGAUCAGAUUUGGUAUAUUCUCUUCAUGAGGUGUGUAACACACACAAAACUGCUCAUUUCUUAUGGUUUUAAUAAAUUGUUAAUAAAGUGGCAGGAGAUUGUUAAACUUAAAACCCUGCUGGAAAAAAUCCAUUUCUUCAUGAUGCCUUAAUAAUAUAGUAAUUAUUGAAAAAUGUGCAUUUAAAAUGUACAAGCCAUAGGGAAAACAUUAGUUUUAUUGCUUCAGUUAAACCAACCAACCCUGUAAAGCAUUAAACAAUGAAAAAAAUAAUGCCAGGAAUAAAAAAAUGGUUGAUUGAACAUUAAGAGUGUGUGUGUACCAUCGAAAACCAAACUAAUACACAAUACAACAAGGUAAGAUAAUAUCUAAAGAAUUUUGAGAAUAUUGCUUCUGGAUCAAUGUUUGAUUUUGGCAUUGUUAACCAAUGUGCUGCAAAAUGUAGCAAAAAAAAAUCCGGAGUUAGUUAUCUUAUGUUCAGAGAUUUGAACAACGUAGGUCAGAAAAUAACUAAAGAGAAAAUGAAUUUUUUAAAGAUAAUGAAUUCAUAUUUUUCAUUUUUGGGAAAAUUAGAAACACCACAAUCAUGGACAUAUCUGAAACCUCACUGGAGAAUUUUUUAGCCUUUCUUCUACAUGUGCUAACACCAUUUUACUACAUUUGUCAGCUCCUGUUAACUGAACUCCUGACCCUGACAUAUUUGUAGUCAGCAACAAGUAGCAGCAAUAUUACUACUCUGGAGAGGAAACCCCACACAGCACUGGGAAAACAUAUAGGGGCUCAUUUAUAAACUUUGCAGGGCAGAAUGAUAUGCACAGUGAAAAUAUUUGCCCUGCACAUGGUUAUAUUUAUAAAGCUGGAUAAGAAUGGUGUACUUAAUGUGCAAACAGAAUUUCAAUUUUUUUUUUCACAUAUAUGCGCAAACUUUAUAAAUGACCCCCAUAAACUUCUUACAGUGUCCUUGCUGGAAUUGAACCUAGGGAUAGUGCUACAUGGCCUUGAUACUAACCACACAGUAAUGCUAUGUUUUAUACAUAUAGUAUAUCUAGUAUACUAAUCUAAUCAUCUAAAGGGCUAAAGGGAUAAUUUUCAUGGAGAUCUCUAGAUACAAAGUACUUUUGCCAAUACUCACUGCACUACUCACAGGCACAAGAGAGCACUUUACUUCAUUCCUCCCUUGGAGCACCUUGCAUUCCCUGAAAUUUUUGAAGGGAAGGGAAUGAAGGGAACCUCACAACCUGCCCCUUUUUCUGUAGCACUGCAUACACAGAAGAGUGCAAUUCUUUUGAACUUCAUGGAGCAGUAGGUGCAACUUGAAAGUGUCAGGGUGCUUUGUGGACAAAAACAGGGCACAUUCCACCAUGUCCUCCUAUUGAAAAUGAGCCAUAAAUUGUUGAUUUGUGUCCUCAGAACAGUGAAGUCGCUUCCAUGCAGACAUAAACAAUCAAGCUGGAUUAUGUCCCUGGUAUUAGAUAAGGAUGAAUCACGAUAUUUGUCUUGUGGAUAGAGUAAUGUCCAUGUUGUACUACACUUUGUUGAUAGCAAUUCUCAUCAGCGUACAGGCUGCACCAAAGACCAAAGACCAUGCUCCAGCAAGGUCUUCAGCAAAAUCCCGCAUUCCUCAUCACACACAUCGAACUAAGUCUCUUCACCAUUCCCACGGAAAACUAGAGGCCAAAGAGCCUUCAUACUUUCGCAAUGUCACAGUGGACCCUAAACUCUUUAGAAAAAGGAAAUUUCGAUCUCCACGAGUUUUGUUUAGCACCCAACCUCCUCCAUUGUCUGAGGACUUCCAACAUUUGGAAUACUUGGAUGAUGAGGAAUCUCUUAACAAAACUAUUCGGGCUAAGAGGACAGUGCAUCCGGUUCUUCACAAAGGGGAGUACUCUGUAUGUGACAGUGUCAGUAUGUGGGUUGGGGAAAAGACUAAAGCCACUGACAUCAAGGGCAAGGAAGUGACUGUGUUGGGAGAAGUAAAUAUAAACAAUAGUGUUUUCAAACAGUACUUUUUUGAGACCAAAUGCAGGGACCCAAAGCCAGUUUCAAGUGGAUGCCGUGGGAUUGAUGCAAAGCAUUGGAACUCUUAUUGUACCACCACACACACCUUUGUCAAAGCAUUAACAAUGGAAGGGAAGCAAGCAGCAUGGAGAUUCAUACGGAUUGAUACAGCAUGUGUCUGUGUGCUAAGCAGGAAAGGUCGAACCUAAGUGAAAACAUUCUUGCCAUCCUAUCUUCUCCCCACCCCUACCUCAGAUUGUAAAUUAUUUUAAAUUAUAUGGACUGCAUGGUAUAUUUAUAGUUUAUACUGCAAAAGAGAGACAUUAUUUAUUAUUAAACAAUUUUUAAAA